CAGGUCCGUCAGGAGCCAUGCCAUCCGGCGCUUGAAGCAACUUGCCACUCGGGGAGCCGUCCGGGGCCAUUCGGUAUUAAUUAAGUAGCAUGAAAGUUGACUAUUUAAGUGAAUUCGGCUUUCGUCUCUCCGACUAUGCUGAAAGAACUAUAUGCACUGACACAACCUCAGGAAACACCAAGAUGGCUGCCAAGCGCAAAGGUGGCCUGAAGCUAAAUGCAAUCUGUGCCAAGCUGAGCCGCCAGGUCGUCGUUGACCACAAGGGAUCCGAGCAAGCGCAAACGGGCAAGGCUCCCCAGGGGCGGGGCAGCACCGGCGGCAGCAACAAGGAGCUCCCACAGCCUGGUGGGAAGGAGCCGGGGGCCGAGUUUCCGGAGCAGAAGAUCGAGGAGGACAAGCGGAGGGAGGUGAUUGAGAAGUGGGUGAACGGGGAGUACAGCGAAGAGGCCCUGCUGGGGCGAAUCGAGAACAAGGAAGGGAAAGGCUCCGAGGGUGCGGAGGUGCCCCCCGAGGGCGUGUACAUGGUGCAGCCCAAGGGCUGCAGUGACGAGGAGGACAACGGGGAUGACGCUGAACCGCAGCGGGGCUCUCAAGAUGGCAGUUUCCUGGAUGAGCGGGAUUCAGAUGGGUCUCCCUUGAAGGACGAAGGCUUCCGCUCCUCCCGCAGUGACACGGGCUCCAAGCUCAGUGGCGGAGCUCCUUCAGGGGAGGCUUCGUCUCUGCGGGACUACGCUGCCACCACCAUGAGCGAGUUUCUGGGCAUGUUUGGCUACGAUGACCAGAACAUGCGGGAUGAGCUGGCCCGCAAGAUUAGCUUCGACAAGCUGAAUGCUUCUACCUCCGAGGCUGCCACAGCCGCUGUCGCCACCUCCCUUGCAGGCGAGGACGCCAUGAGUAAGAGAGCCCGCUUCUCCAAGUACGAGGAGUAUAUCCGCAAGCUGAAGGCUGGGGAACAAGUCCCGUGGCCGAUCCACCAAGCCAAGGUGGAGGAGCUGACCAGCAAACUGGGCAAGGAAGCUCCCCCAGGUCUGGGACAACCAAUUCGGUUACCGGCUCCCGAUGCCUCACUCCUGCCAGAGACAAAAGCGACCAUUUUGCCCUUGCCCUCUCCCAGCAGUUCCCAGAUGCAAGGGCUGAUGUCUCGGGCCUCCAAGUAUGACUUCUUCAUCCAGAAGCUGAAGACAGGUGAGAGCAUCAGGCCUCAGAAUGGCAACACCUACAAGAAGGCCUCCAAGUAUGACUUGGAGAAUGUCAAGUACUUGCAUCUCUUCAAGCCGGGGGAAGGGAGCCCAGACAUGGGAGGGGCCAUUGCCUUCAAGACGGGCAAAGUGGGCCGUCCUUCCAAGUACGAUGUAAGGAACAUCCAGAAGCUCCCCCCAGUCAAAGCUCCGACGCCCAGUUUGGGCCCCGCACCCCUUGCCAGUACCCCCAGCAGCACAUCGGUGGCUGGACCCGAGCAGCCGGCCUCGUUGCCCUUCAACACUCCAGAGUACCUGAAGUCCACCUUCUCCAAGACGGACUCCAUCACAACUGGAACGGUUUCCACUGUUAAGAACGGAUUAACCACUGACAAACCAGCUGUCACCGAAGAUGUAAAUAUUUACCAGAAAUAUAUUGCCAGGUUUUCAGGAAGCCAGCACUGCGGACAUAUUCACUGUGCGUACCAGUACCGGGAACAUUAUCACUGCCUUGACCCGGAGUGCAACUAUCAGAGAUUCACGAGUAAGCAAGACGUGAUUCGGCAUUACAACAUGCACAAGAAGCGCGACAACUCCCUUCAGCAUGGCUUCAUGCGUUUCAGCCCCCUGGACGACUGCAGCGUUUACUAUCAUGGCUGCCACCUGAACGGGAAAAGCACACACUACCACUGCAUGCAGGUGGGUUGUAACAAAGUCUAUACCAGCACUUCUGAUGUGAUGACCCAUGAAAACUUCCACAAGAAGAAUACGCAGCUCAUUAACGAUGGAUUCCAGCGGUUCCGGGCCACUGAAGACUGUGGCACUGUGGAAUGCCAGUUCUACGGGCAGAAGACCACUCACUUCCAUUGCAGGCGACCCGGCUGCACGUUCACCUUCAAGAACAAGUGCGACAUCGAGAAGCACAAGAGCUACCACAUCAAGGACGACGCCUACGCCAAGGACGGCUUCAAGAAGUUCUACAAGUACGAGGAGUGCAAGUACGAGGGCUGCGUCUACAGCAAGGCCACCAACCACUUCCACUGCAUCCGACCGGGCUGCGGCUUCACCUUCACCUCUACCAGCCAGAUGACCUCGCACAAGCGCAAGCACGAACGCCGGCACAUCCGCAGCUCUGGGGUGCUGGGCUUGCCCACCUCCCUCCUGGGAGCCAAGGACAACGAGCAGGAAGAGUCCAGCAACGACGACCUCAUUGACUUCUCGGCCAUGAGCUCGAAGAACUCCAGCCUGAGUGCCUCCCCCACCAGUCAGCAGUCUUCCGUCUCCCUGAUCAUUCCGGGGGCACCCUCCACUGCGGCAGAGCUGGCCCCCUCUCAGACGGCCAGCAAGUCCGCCAACAGCAUGCCGUCGGCCUCUAAGAUCCCUGGCCUGCUCUCCCAAACCCUUCCCAGCAAUAUACCCCUGGCCUUGGCCCUCUCCAACGCAGCGCUUCCCGGAUCGGCGGGCUCCUAUUUCCCCAUCAUCCCUAGCCGGGUUUCCACAACGCUGCCCGCCAGCUCCUCUAGCUUGAUAGCCGCCGUUCCAUCUAGCACCAACCCAACCUCCUCCGCCAAUUCCCCUUCCCAGGCCAUCUCAGGUUCCGGUGAGGGAGUGGCCACCUCUCUGCCAACUCCAGGGGCAUCCAUAACAGAGAGGAUCUCCGCCAGCAAAGGCUUGAUCUCGCCCAUGAUGGCCAGGUUGGCUGCAGCAGCACUUAAGCCCUCCGUGGCUGUGGAAGCAGGGAACGGGCAGCUGACCACUCCUGGACGAUUUAACCCCGCUCAGAUAAAGCAAGAGACCACUGAAAGUCCGGGCUCUGCUUCCGCAGUGACCCAGGAUUCCUUGCAAGAGCGCAGCCUGGACCUGAGUGUGAAGGAUCAUGGUAAUGAAUCAAAUGGCCACACAGUCUCGGCAAAUUCAUCUCUUUUAUCCUCGCUUAUGAAUAAGAUGUCUCAGACGAACCCCAACCUCGGCAACCUUCUCGGCUUGAAGGUGGAAGCUGACUGCAGCCAGGCGGGGGCAGCAGGGGAGGCCUCGCAGUACCUGGGCAAGGCAGUCAAGGCCCUCGUCCAGGAGAAACUCUCCGAGCCCUGGAAGAUGUACUUGCGCAGGUUUGGUACGAAGGACUUCUGUGACGCCCAGUGUGACUUUCUCCACAAAGUGCAUUUCCAUUGCGUGGUGGAAGAAUGCGGGGCUCUCUUCAGCACCUUGGAUGGCGCCAUAAAGCACGCCAAUUUCCACUUCCGAACAGAGGGCGGAGCCGUGAAAAUAAACUCUGAAUUGUCCUUUCCGUCUGCUGCGGAGACCAAGACUUCCUUAUCCCCCUUGUCACCAUCCGCUUCUUCCGUCACUCUGGCAAAUGCCUCUGCCCUGGACGUGGCCACUCCAAACGCGGCAACUGUGCCCUCCACUUCCACACUCCUUGCUUGGAAACAGCUGGCUUCCACCGUGUCUCAGACCCCAGCAUCAGUGCCUAACCUGGCGACAUCACUCUUGGCAACAACGUCCCUCGAGAAUGCCAAGCCUCAGGUCAAGCCCGGAUUCCUCCAGUUCCAGGAGAAUGACCCUUGUCUGGCGACGGAUUGCAAGUACGCCAACAAAUUCCACUUCCAUUGUCUCUUUGGGAACUGCAAGUACGUGUGCAAAACCUCUGGGAAAGCAGAGUCCCACUGCCUGGACCACAUCAACCCCAACAACAACCUGGUGAAUGUGCGAGACCAGUUCGCUUACUACUCCCUGCAGAGUCUCUGCCCAAACCAGCACUGUGAAUUCCGAAUGCGGGGCCAUUACCAUUGCCUUCGUCCCGGCUGUUACUUCGUGACCAACAUCACCACCAAGCUGCCCUGGCACGUGAAGAAGCACGAGAAGGCGGAGCGGAGAGCAGCCAACGGCUUCAAGUACUUCACAAAGCGGGAGGAGUGCGGCAGGCUAGGUUGCAAGUACAAUCAAGUUAACAGCCAUUUUCACUGCAUCCGUGAAGGCUGCCAGUUCUCCUUCCUAUUGAAGCACCAGAUGACAUCCCAUGCGAGGAAACACAUGAGGAGGAUGCUGGGCAAGAACUUUGACCGUGUUCCCACUCAGGUUAUUGGACACACUCCAAGGAAUGAAAACCUCCCUCAAGUCAGUAGCAUGGCACCUAGCCCAGCAUCGUCAGGGACUCCUGCUUCCUUUCAGGGACCCCAAAGCUUGAUGGAUACGGAGACGGACGAGUACGUCGACUACACGGGAUGCAGCCCCGGCGGCAUUUCCUCUGAGUCCUCCAACAUGGACCGCAGCUGCUCCAGUACUCCAGUGGGCAACGAAAGCACUUCAGGAGGCUGCCUGGCUGCUGCUCCUCCUCCUGCUGGCGAUGACGUUAGCCACAAUGCACCACAACCACCACCUCUGCCUCCAUCUUUCUCACAAGCCCUGCUCAGAUCUCCCCUCCCUUCCCUCCCCUAUCUCUUCUCUCCAUCUUGCGUCUCAUACUCCCUCCUAAGUGCCACCCUGGGAUCCAGCAGGGGCAUUGUCAUGCCUGCCACCAGCGCGACAGGGUUCUCACCCAUCAUGGCCACUCCAGCUCCGGUCAAAAGUGAUGUCCCUCUAGUUCAGGAUGCGGCAGGGAACACCAUCACCAUGCCAACUGCAGCAGGGGCCAAGAAGCGCUUCUGGAUCAUUGAGGACAUGUCGCCGUUUGGCAAGCGACGCAAAACCGCAUCCUCCCGCAAGAUGCUGGACGAAGGGAUGAUGCUGGAGGGCUUCCGGCGUUAUGACCUCUAUGAGGACUGCAAAGACUCCAGCUGCCAGUUUUCCCUGAAGGUCACCCACUACCACUGCACCCGGGAGAACUGCGGCUACAAGUUCUGUGGCCGCACCCACAUGUACAAGCACGCUCAGCACCACGACCGCGUCGAUAACCUGGUGCUGGAUGACUUCAAGCGCUUCAAGUCCUCGCUCAGCUGCAACUUCCCCGACUGUCAGUUCUCAGGCAACAGCACGCACUUCCACUGCCUGCGCUGCGGCUUCCGCUGCACCGACAGCACCAAGGUGACGGCCCACCGCAAGCACCACGGCAAGCAGGAUGUGAUCAGCGCCGCCGGCUUCUGCCAGUUCAGUUCCAGCGUGGACUGCGAGGUGUCCGACUGCAAGUACAAACUCAAGUGUUCCCACUUCCACUGUACCUACCCAGGUUGCAAGCACACGGUGGUGGGCAUGUCGCAGAUGGACUCGCACAAGCGCAAACACGAGAAGCAGGAGCGAGGAGAGCUGCCGGCCAUCUCUCCAGGCCCUGAGGGCCUCCCCCACUCCACACUGGAGUACAGCACGCAGAACUCUUCCGUCAACCUGGACAGCUCUCUCAACCUCAGCACCGACACAAACACCUCCCUCUUCUUCCUGCAGAAUGCCGCUGGCGUGGGCCUCAAUGACUCCCUGGACCUCAGUCAGAAACUGCCAGAGGUAGCAAGCAGUACUUCUUCCCCCUCUGGAGAGGGCACGGCCCCCCAAGAGCACGAUCAGGUACCACCUAGCUGUGGCAACGUGGAGGAGGAAGAUGAUUCUUCCCGUGACGAGGAAGAUGAAGAGGAGGAAAUGAAUGAGGAGGAAGAGGAGGAGGAGGAAGAUGACGACGACGACGAUGAUGAAGAUGAUGAUGAAGAGGAGGAUCUGAACACAGAUUCUGAAGAGUCGCUUCCUGAGGCAGAGGGCUUGCCUGCGAAAGGCGUUAGGGAACUUGGAGAGGCCGUUUCUCCUUCUGCAGACCACAGCGAUGCUUCCAGGCCACCGGGAGAGCAAGCUCCAGCCCCCGCUGUCCCAGAGGCCUCCACUUAACCAACAGACGACAGCAGGAUUUUGGUCUUUUUAAUUAAAAAAAACAACAACCCUGACUUGAUAGUGGACCCCACUAUGUGAGGCAAGAACAAAUGCUAGGAUGGCACGCGGCAAAAGAGACAUCCCAACGCCACCCCAGAACACGCACAAGAGUGGGAGGAAAAAACAAUUCUUGGACCACAUGAAGAAAGCCUUGUGCCCAUGGGAGGGGCGGAGGGGGGCAGAGGGACCGUCUGCUGGGACGCACGUGUUUACAGGGUGGCAGACGGCAAAUUGCUUUACCGUGGAGAAGAUGGAUGUGCUAACCAUAAGGGCAACCGUUCCCCCCCCCCACUCCUUUCCCAAUCUACUACUUGUAUGGGGGGGGGGGUAGCAGAGUUGUUUAUUUCCCUCCAACUCCUAUUUUAUUUUCUUGUUCUCAUUUGUCCUUUUAACACUCCUCCCAUUCUCAGGGAGAGGGGGCAG